CAGGUGGCGACAAACAAGGUUGCAGGAAAGCUGAGUUCUACUCUCACAUGGGUGAAGAACACAGUCUCGCAAACAGUCAGCCAAAUGGCCAGCCAGGUGGCAAGUCCAUCUGCUUCUUUACAUACGACAUCCUCCUCUACCACACUGUCCACACCAGCUGUUUCACCAUCUUCCCCAUCACAACUGAGUCCUGACGACUUAGAACUCCUGGCUAAACUGGAAGAACAGAACAGGCAGAAUUGUGGGUGCCAGUGUCUGUCCAGAUUACCAGCUACCAGUGGGAAGAGAACAGGGAACCUUUCCCUUUUCUGCCCAGUGCAGUUCUUUUCAAUGAAGACUGUUUGGCUAGAAAGCCAGAAGGGGGCGGGGCUGAAUAGCACUGGUGUGUUGCUCCUCGCUCUGUACGAGUCGCCCCAGCUGCAAGCCGGAAGGUUCAAACAGCUACUGCCCUGGAAGCCGCUGCCUGGGGCUGGGGAUGGAUGUAGCUGCGACCAGGCGCACAAGCUGUGGGGCUGUGCACGGAGCUGCACCGCGGAGCCGCAACCAGGGCUGGGCCCUGGCGAUUUGCUGCUUCGAGCUGUUGCUGAAAAAUGGCUGGGCGGAGGGGUUGGCCAAGGCCAAAAGCAGGACUGUAGUACCUGCCACUCAGCUAAGGGAAAUACAUGCGUUACCUUCUCCACGGAGACUCGGGGACUCCUCCGUGGGAGGGGAGCUGUGACGAGAGCAGAUGAGCUCUCGGAGAAUGUGAUAGAAGCAGAGGGGAAAAGGGUGAGGGAACUUGUUCGAAAAGGGAUACCUCACCAUUUCAGAGCAAUUGUUUGGCAACUUUUAUGCAAUGCUCAGAGCAUGCCAAUUAAGGAUCAGUAUUCUGAGCUCCUGAAAAUGACCUCACCCUGCGAAAAACUUAUCAGAAGGGACAUUGCAAGAACCUACCCUGAACAUGACUUCUUUAAAGAAAAAGAUAGCCUUGGGCAGGAAGUUUUAUUUAAUGUAAUGAAGGCAUAUUCUUUAGUGGAUCGGGAAGUUGGCUAUUGCCAGGGAAGUGCUUUUAUAGUUGGACUGCUACUGAUGCAGAUGCCAGAAGAAGAAGCUUUCUGUGUGUUUGUUAAAUUAAUGCAAGAUUAUAGACUGCGUGAACUCUUUAAGCCAAGUAUGGCAGAAUUGGGCCUUUGCAUGUACCAGUUUGAAUGCAUGAUACAGGAGCAUCUACCAGAACUCUUUGUACAUUUUCAAUCUCAAAGUUUCCACACAUCUAUGUAUGCAUCAUCCUGGUUUCUGACCAUCUUUCUUACAACUUUCCCACUCCCAGUGGCAACAAGGAUUUUUGAUAUAUUUAUGUCAGAGGGCUUAGAGAUAGUGUUUCGGGUUGGACUAGCCGUUCUUCAGAUGAAUCAAACAGAACUCAUGCAACUUGACAUGGAAGGAAUGUUACAGCAUUUUCAAAAGGUCAUUCCGCAUCAGUUUGACAGUGGUCCAGACAAAUUAAUUCAAGCAUCUUAUCAAGUCAAAUACAAUACAAAAAAGAUGAAAAAGUUAGAAAAGGAAUACACUACAAUAAAAACUAAGGAAAUGGAAGAGCAAGUUGAAAUUAAAAGGUUACGCACAGAAAACAGACUUCUAAAACAGCGCAUUGAAACAUUAGAAAAAGAAAGUGCUUCCUUGGCAGAUAGAUUGAUACAGGGACAAGUGACAAGAGCCCAGGAGGCUGAGGAAAACUACCUCAUAAAACGGGAGUUGGCCACCAUCAAACAGCAGAGUGAUGAGGCCAGUACUAAACUGGAGCACGCUGAGAAUACCAUCAGGGAGCUCCAGGAGCAGCAGCAAUGGCACAAAUGCAGCGCCCGCUACAGUGAAAAGUUUGUGCUGCAGCUGGAGGAGGAGUUGGUCCAAGCCAGACUGAAUGAAGCUGAGUCUCAGUGUGCCCUGAAGGAAAUGCAGGAGAAAGUUCUGGAUAUAGAAAAGAGAAAUAAUUCCUUACCUGAUGAGAAUAAUGUUGCAAGUCUUCAGGAGGAAUUAAUUGCGGUGAAACUGAGAGAAGCAGAAGCUUUAAUGGGGUUGAAAGAACUUAGGCAGCAGGUGAAGGACUUGGAAGAACAUUGGCAGCGCCACCUAGGUCGAACUACUGGGAGAUGGAAAGACCCACCCAGGAAAAAUGCAAUGAAUGAAUUGCAAGAUGAACUAAUGACCAUACGACUUAGAGAGGCUGAAACUCAAGCAGAGAUCAAAGAAAUAAAGCAAAGGAUGAUGGAAAUGGAAACACAGAACCAAAUCAAUAGCAAUCACUUAAGAAGGGCAGAACAGGAGGUGAGCAGCCUGCAGAGGAAGGUGCAGUGUCUCUCCACAGAGAACAGAGAAUUAAUCUCCCAAUUAAGUGAAGCAAGGCGCAGGCAAGCUGAGAUGGAAUACAAGAACAAAGAGGAAGUCAUGGCAGUCCGUCUUCGAGAAGCAGACAGCAUUGCAGCUGUGGCUGAACUGCGACAACAUAUUGCAGAGCUGGAGAUCCAGAAAGAAGAAGGAAAGGUUCAAGGGCAGCUCAAUAAGUCUGACUCCACCCAGUACGUGAGAGAGCUGGAAGAGCAGAUAGCGGAGCUGCAUCACGAGCUCAGGUGCCUGAAAGGCAGGAGGGGCUUCUCAGGCCAACCCACUUUUGAUGGGAUCCACAUCGUCAACCAUUUAAUAGGAGACGACGAGUCCUUCCACUCCUCCGAUGAAGACUUUAUAGCGAAUUCCCUUCAGGAGGGCCGAGUGCAUUUCCCUCUGCCCGGGAGAUCGGGGCUCCUGGCCGCAGAGGGCAGCAGCGAGAGCGACGCCGAGGAUGGCGUCCUGGAGGCGAGAGAGAGCCCGAAGGAAAAGAGGCCGCCCAGGAGAGAGUCUUACUCCACCACGGUCUGAUCCUCCCUGCCACGUCAGGCCUCGGCGCGCAGAGGGGAGGAGCCAGCGGUGGCACGCAGGGGAGGGGCGAGCGGUGGCGCCACCGAGACGUCCCAGAAGGAGGGGUCCGGACCGACGCUGGGGCUCUCCUCGGCCGCCACGUUCACGUCCGUUGUCCAGUCUUCUGACCGUUGCCAAAUCUUCCCCGCUGACGUGCCAUUGCCGUACACUGGCCUUCGAGAAUGGUUCGUGGGUAAAAGAAGGUUCUAACAGUAUUACUGGAUAUUAUUUUUCAUGAAUGUUUCUUGUUUUGGAAAAUGCAAAUAGAACACAUCCACAUGGGAACCAUUUUAAAGUUCAUAAAUAUGUAAAAUAUAAUUAUUUUUCUUUGGAAGAAACUGCUGUGUGCAAUAGUUUAUGCUCAAUGAACAAAUUGUGUUUUUAAGUUGAUGAAUUUGAGUUCAAGAUGGCUGUUCGGCAAAGCAUUGAUCAGGACACACGUCUGAUUGACCUUACGUUUCUUUUUUAUUAUUAAAAAUUACUGUAUUAUUGGCGGCCCGCCGAGGGCUCCCAAACACACCCUUUUUCUGUACAAUUUUUUAAACACAAAUGAAUGGUUCUGCUAUUCGUCCUGAGGGUUUCAAGAAUUAUUUUUCCUUGAAGUUGUAUGUGCGUAGGAUGCUUUCAUUGCAUUACCUGUCAAAUAGUCUGUUAACGACACUACGUUGUUUAUUUGUACAUAUUUAUAAAUCUGUACCAAUCUGAAGGUGUACAUGACACAUCGUUUUAUAUGGGGAAUGUAAAUGUUCGCAAUAUGGCUGCUUUGGGCAUUCUAACAGGAUUCUGUAUAUACCAGAGAGUUGGACAGAUUGGAAAAAUACAAGGUAAACACUCAUAUUUUAAUAGCUUUAGUAUCAACUUAGCGUUGGACACUAGCCAAUUCCUGACUUAACUAAUGCUUGUUCAAAAACACUAUUGAUGGAAAUCUUUUAACUACAUGGACCUAAUAAAUUUUUCAUGAUUUAAUAAA